AUGGGAGAGGCGGAGAUGAGGGGAGGCAGUGAGCUUUCACAGCCUCAGUCAGCUCUUUCUGCAGCGGCCGUAGACACCCCAGUGGGAAAGGGCCUUUGCGGUGGCGUGCCGAUGGAUCGUUGUUGGGGGGGGGGGGGGGGGCGGGGGGGUGGGGGGGGGGGGGGGGGGGGGGUGGGGGGGGGGGGGGGGGGGGGGGGGGGGGGGGGGGGGGGGGGGGGGGGGGGGGGGGGGGGGGGGAUUGAAAUGCGGAACGCGGGCACGCACCAGCGCUAUAUCCAAGACAUCCAAGACCCGACGCGCUGCUACAGUCGCCCGGGGAACGAUCCGUUUUGUGGGAGGAAAGAUGUUGGGAGUGCGCUUGGAGAGAGGUGGUCUGAGAACACCGCGCGGUUAUGUUGCUUUGUACGCGCUGCACUUCUGAUGCUGAUACUGAGGCUGGUGCUGAAGCUGCGGCUGGUCCGCUCUGGUCCUCUGCGCGCUCGCACUGGAGGUGGGGGAGAGACGCGGCAUCACAGCGUCGGAAAGGGGGGGCCACCCCCAAUAACAAAAAAAAAUAAAAAAACCCGGGUGGGGGGGGGGGGGGGCGGGCCAGGGGGGGGGGGGGGGGGGGGGGGGGUCGGGGUUGUGCGAGAACCCAAAAAAACACCAUGUGGGGGGGGGGGGGGGGGUGGGGGCGUGGGGGGGGGGGGGGGGGGGGGUACGGGAUGGUCGGUUAUGGACCAACUCAAGGGUUGGGCAAAGCUGCCAGGCUUGACCAUAUGGGGGCUGGGGUAA